AAUUCAUCUCAUUCAUUAUAUGGAUUUCAAAAGUUUUCCAUUCAUAUAUCAUCAUUAAUUUUGAUUGAAAAAGCAAUAAUUGGUAUAGUGGAGUAAUGGUUGGAUCUCUUUCUUUCAUACUUGAGGUUGUGCGUUUGAAUCUUCAUGUCAAUAAUCUUUUUUUAAUAUAUGAGAAAGACGUGGAUAAAAAAUUAUUGAAUGAGGGAUGGUGACAUGUGGCAAUUGGCACAUAUACGUUGUUAGGAACGCUUUUUAAGAUUUCAAGUCUUCAAUGAGCAGUUUAUUAAUCAUAACAUAGAUAACGCCUAGUUACUACUUACUAUACAUUUUGUAUAGGUAGAUAAGAUAUAUACAUUUACUAAUCUUGGUUAAAAUGACAUAUAUGUAGAUCAUGGGAACUUAGCAGGGAAUUUCUGAUAAAAGUGGGAGAAUUGACUUGACUGUCCUGUUCUUCAAUUAUUUUUUUAGGAUGGUUGUUAAGUAUAAUGUAAGUUUCUGAACUCUUGAAAUCAGAUAAUAUAUAGAAAUAAACAUGUCCUUGGACCUUGCUUAUGUAUGUUUAUCUUAUUAUUAUAAUUAUAUAUAGUUGAACAAGCUAUCUGAAUUCCGAAUACCAUAUGUAAUGACAUAACGUGACAUAGUAUUAUGCUUUUGUUUGUGUAGUUGGAUAAGCUUAGAAGCAUGUAGAUGACAAAGGUUUGACUGUUAGCUCGCAUAAAGUUUCUGGAUCAACAUCAGGGUUGUUAAACCUUAUUUAAAAUGAGUUAAUUAGGUACUAAGUACUAGGUAGUAGAUACUAGGGUACUAGGUAGUGCAAGUUUGAAAAUCUUAUUUCUAAGACUUGGGAAAUUAAACUUGAUGUUACAUACUUCAUGGAGUGAUUACGAAGUCACCUAUUAGCAUAUUGGCAUUAAGUAAUUGAUUCUUAUACUUCCUCAGUGUGAUUAACUUGUAACAUUUUAAGUUACUCGAUCAACUUGAUAAUUUAUUUUGUAACAGAGCAUUAGAAACUCUUUUUCCUCAUGUAUCAUUUUACUUUUUACUCUUUUACUUCAAUUGGAUAAGGGUACUAUAUAUAUACUUCUUCAUUAUGUAAGUAGUUAUCAAGAAGUAUAGUGUUAGUUUGAAGUUUCUUUGUGUUUUUUGUCUUUAAACAAAGUAUUAUCGUAAUUGGGAUGAAAAACUUUUAAUUCUUCAUUAACAAAAUUUGGAGUUAAAGUGUAAAGGCUAUUCAAAUCUAAGAACUCGUUUAUAUAUAGUCUUAUGCCUCCAUCCCUUACCCUUAUCCCCGAGAAGAAAUAGAGUGCUGGAGUAGUUGUUACAUAUUUGCUAGAAGUACAACUAAAUUAUAAAAUGACAAUUUGUUUUGUACAUUCCAACAACAUGAGUGAAAUGCAUUUACUAGGUCUUUUUCUUUAAAAAAUUGUGUGAGACGGUGGAUCGGGAUCAUCUACUACUGUAAACUUCAUAGUAUUUUUCUUAAAUUGUUUAGCUUAUCAUACAUGUCAUCCCAUUACCUUGCAUCACAAGAAUAUCAUUACAAAUCUCCCUUAUAUAGUUGAACAUUGACUUCUACAGAACCCCCAUCACCCAAUACCCCUAUCAUCUAUACUAAUAUAUUAAAGACGUGAUUAACAAAUAUGUAAGUCACGUGACACUUCUCUUAUUAGGCAUAUAUUAGUAAUCCAAAUAAAUAUUUUUUCUUUAGAUAUAUGAAUUCUCUCCUAUAAAUCUCUCUGUCUUCUCCAAUUUCCUUUUUUUAUAUCACCUUUCAUAAUGAAUUUUUCUCACUCAAUCUUUUUGUGCUACUUUCUUUGUGUGUGUAAACAUUUUGAUCUCUCAGUCUGUUAUAUGUGACUAUGUCAGUUUUCAUCAACCAUCUUUCAACAUUUGAAUCGUCCUAUCAUUCUUUUUCCUUGUGUUUUUUAAUUGGAUGACCAUGGUCAAGCUAGCAAACCCGUAGCUUUCCUAUCCUAGACUGCCUUGCACGAAGAAAUCUUUUAUGAUAAUUGAAGUUGUUAUCAAUCACAAUACAUAAUUUCAUAAAGUUUACUAUAUAUUCUUACCAUGUUUCCCUCCUCUUAUACUAUCUUCCUUAAAAAGCCAAUUCCAUUGUAAAUGGCGUUUCAGUCAUUGACUUACACCAACUUUAUUCUCUUCUUGAUUUACUUCUCUAGCUUGAUCACAGCCCAACAGCCUUAUGGUAAUGAUAGUUGCCCUGCAUCAAAUAAUGCCACUUCUGCUCUUGGGUAUGACUGUAAUGGUGUAAACACAACUUGCCAAUCUUUUCUCCUUUACAGAACCCGGCCUCCCUACAAUACCAUCUCUUCCAUUGCUUCCCUUUUAUCCGCCAACGCAUCUGAGGUGUCCGCCAUCAACAACAACAUCUCGGAAAGCAUGGCCUUGGCGACAAACACGCGGGUUCUUGUUCCUGUUACGUGCUCGUGUUCAGGUAGUUUCUACCAAGCCAAUGCCACUCAUGUUGUUCAAGCUCAUGAAAAUUACUACGUGAUAAAUAACGACAUCUUUGGGAGUUUGACUACUUGCAAUGCUAUCCGGACUCAAAAAACCAGUCCAAAUAUAUUAAAUAUAUUCCCUAAUGAGAGGCUUACUAUACCUCUAAGGUGUGCUUGUCCUACAGAGACCCAACUUAGCGCGGGGAUCAGGUACCUUUUGACCUUUGUGAUCCUACCAGGCCAUAGUAUUGGGCGUAUUGCUGAUGAUUUUGGAGCUAAUUUGGAGCAAACAUUUGAGGCUAAUGAAAAAUCUGAGAAUGACUCUAUAAUUCAACCUUUAACAACCCUUCUUAUUCCACUACAAAACCCACCAAAUGGCUCUCAAAUGGAGUAUCCUCCUUAUGUACCACCUCCACUAUCAUCUCCACCGUCCUUGCCUCCUGCAAUCACACCAUCAUCUAAUGUGAGUUCGAGUAGGAGAUGGGCUUAUUUUGGGGUUGGGGUGGUUGCAGGUGGUGCAUUUGUUGCAGUUGCAGGAAUCAUUCUCUUCUUUGUGUUUCUAAGGGAGAGUGUCAGACAGAAAAGCGAUCCAAUUGUGUCAUCACAAAACUUUGAAGCACACGAAAAGGCUCUUGCAAUUGCAAAUCAAGAGACUGAGACUGAAUCUCUAGAGUUUCUUGAGAGCAUAUCUAAAAUAGCUUCCCUGAAAGUAUAUAGUUUCAAGGACUUGCAGGCUGCGACAGAGAAUUUCAGCUCGGAUCAUUGGAUCAAAGGAUCGGUAUACAAGGGAAAUGUUAAUGGUGAUGAGGUGGCUAUCAAGAAGAUGGAUGGAGAUGUCAGCAAAGAGAUCAGUGUACUAAACAAGAUCAACCAUUUUAACCUCAUCAGGUUAUUGGGAGUUUGCUUAGAGGAUGGGGUUUGGUACUUUGUUUAUGAAUUUGCAGGUAAUGGAGCUUUGAGCGAGUGGAUCAACGAAGGCAAAGCCGAUGGAAAAACCUUGAGUUGGGGAAAGAGAAUGCAAAUAGCUUGUGAUGUUGCUACAGGGCUGAACUAUCUUCAUUGUUUUACAAACCCACCACAUGUUCACAAAGAUAUCAAGACCAGCAAUGUUUUUCUAGAUCAGGAUUUCAGGGCAAAAAUUGCCAAGUUUGGGCUCUCAAGGCCAGUUAGAGGGAAUGAUGGUCAAUAUACAUUAACAAGUCAUAUUGUGGGGACAAAGGGUUAUUUGGCUCCUGAGUAUUUGGAGAACGGAAUAGUCUCUCCCAUGCUUGAUGUUUAUGCAUUUGGUGUUCUGUUGCUAGAGAUGUUAACUGGUAAAGAUGUUGCUUAUCUUUAUGAAGGGGUUAAUGUUAACUUAUCAGAGGUUUUUGGCCCAGUGUUGACCGAUGAAGAUGGAAUUUCAAACAUGAAGGGAUUUAUAGAUACUUCCCUUGGGGAUGAUUAUCCUGCUGAUAUAGCAUAUGCAAUGCUGGUAUUAGUUGAUCAUUGCUUGAGAAAAGACCCAGGAAGUCGCCCUAGUAUGGAUGAAGUUGUGCAAAUUGUGUCGAAAACUUUGACAACCUCACUUAUCUGGGGAUCUAGUACUUCUGCCAGUACCUCAAGUUCAUGAUCAUGCAUAAGUAGUUUUAUGUGGCAGUUAUUAUAUGUUGUCUCUUUAUUGUCUUGCAAUACUAUGACUUGUUUUAUAUUGGAGUGAAGAAACAUGUGUACGAAAAUCUAAUGUGAACAUGAAACUUGCUUUGAUUCAUCCAAUAAAACCUUAUGUUUAGUAA